UUAAAAAAUACAGCUCUCCCUCUUCUUCCUUCGAAUCAGGAACCGACACAUUUGACAUUGGCCAUAACACCCGCCCUUUGCAGUUUCCAAAACACCCCAAAAAAAGAUAAACAAGAAUAUACUUUGCUCUGCUCCUCAAAAUCCCACUUUUCUUAUUCCCUUAUAUAUCAUUUUCAACCGACAAUAAAGACGCCAGAAUUCUUCAUCUCUCUCGUUCUUUUAUUUUUUUCCUUUCAUCCCAAUUCUUAACCAUAAACCAAGGUAGCAUGGAGCUUUUACUUGAAUUUUUGUUUACUCUUUCUCUUUCCUUUGUUCUUUCAUUUAUUAUUGCUAAGCUUCUUUCGUUGUCUUCUGUCAUUGAUCAACAUCUCGAGGCUGUUUCAAGAUGCAUGGAGGUCCCAAAUAAGUCCGAAAAAUGCGUUCUAGAAUGUGAAAAGGGAAUUGGGUUUGUUUCAGAAGUUGUAAAGUUUGAUGCUUUAGGUGAAUCUGUGGAAGAAAAGGGUACCCUUGAAGAGUGUUUGAAUGAUAGUCAUGGACCAACAAAAAUCUCAGAGGUAACUGUUGAAGAAAUCAGUUCUGGUGAAGAGAAUUUUGGUGAUAAAACCACUGAGAUAGGAUUAGCUGAAGAGGAUGAAGAAGAGAUUGAGGUGUUGGAAGAUUGCUUAAACAAGGGUUUAUCUGAUGACGACUGGGAGGGGAUUGAAAGAUCUGAAUUGGAGAAGGAUUUUGGUGCUGCAGUGUGUUUUUUGGAAAGUAGAAACAAUGCUGAUCAAAUUUUGAAACUUGGCGAUAAUCUAAAGAUGCAAUUAUAUGGACUCCAAAAGGUUGCCACUGAAGGGCCUUGCCUUGAGACUCAUCCUAUGGCAUUCAAGUUGUCUGCUCGUGCAAAAUGGAAUGCCUGGAAAAGACUUGGGAACAUGAGUCCAGAAGCAGCCAUGGAGCAAUAUAUCACCCUUCUUUCAAGAAGCAUCCCUGGAUAUGGGGAGAGUAAACAGCAUUCUGCAGAUGUCAAAGCACCUUGGAAGCUGCCUUUGGAUGCUAAAACAAUGCCAGCAAACCAAGCAAUAUCUGUGGAUUCCUACAGGACUUUUAAUGAGGGGACAAUGUCUGCUGUAUACACUUCUUGAAAGGGUAUUGCAUGUUGAUGUUUUAUGUUGUAUAUAUUCUUAGUAUCAAAUUCAAUGCUAAACAGUAUGGAGGAAAUUUCAGCAUAUGAUUCCAUACUUUGCUCCCCGGACUUGGGGGUAUAUGCUGGUCGAAUUUUUAAGUUUUUCAUAUAUAUUGUACUCAUGUCUGAAAAUGAAACAGCUUAGGAUGAUUCAUUAAGCCGAAUCAUCCCAAACAAUCAGAAGCUACAAACUGGAACUGGAAUGUAGUUAUUUAAUUUAAA